UAUGAAUUAAAAAUUAAUAAUAAAAAAGAAGAUUGUGAUGAAUUAAGAUUUGACCAAAUUUCCACAUUAUGUCGAGAUUGGACUAUUACCGAAAUAAUUUGGAAAAAUUCAAAUAAUUAUUUCCAAAGAUUUAAUUAUAUUUGUUUAAAAAUAUUGAUUCCUAAAACAAUUUUUGAAAAUUAUUUAAAAACUUUUAUAUAUUAUUAUUUUCAUCCAAGUAAUUUUAUUCAAAAUGUAAAUUCUGGUCAAGUUUGUCGAAUAGAAGAUGAAUUUAGUUUUAUUUAUGACCUUCAUAGAAAUAGAGAAA